CCUCGAUUUUGAAAGAGCAGAGACGGGAAUUGGAGAGAAAAACAAGGGAAGAAGUUUUCAUUGGACGAAAUCAUUGAGUCUUGCAUUGGUGGUUUUGGAGGAGCUCAGUUGUUUCAAGUGGUAGUUGUUUCUCUGGGCUGGGUCUUCGAUGUUCAGCAUACCUUCCUCACCAUUUUCACUGAUGCCCAACCUACAUGGUGCUGCACAGAGACUUCAUCCCUACAAAUUUGGGAAAUAACAGGAAUGGGCAAAUGCAUAGAAGAGUCAUCAGUAUGUAAGAUGGAUACAUCACGGUGGGAGUGGGAGAGAGGGAAGGCAACAUCCAUUAUUUCAGAAUGGGACCUUAUUUGUGGUAACAGCUUCAAAGCAGCAAUUCCUAGAUUGCUUUUCUUUGUUGGAGCAUUAGCAGGCUACAUAAUAUUGGGGCCACUGGCAGAUACAUGGCUAGGUCGCAAAAGAAUGCUAAUCCUUUCCUCCUUCAUGCUCUCUGUCUCCGGCAUUUUAACAGCGGGGGAUCAUUACCAGAAAAUAGCUCGUAGGGCGCAAAUGGAGAGGCCUCAUUGGUUUUCUCUUAUUCUUAUCCGGCACAAUCGGAUUCCUUUCAAUUCCAGCCCUCGCCUACCUCACGAGACUCCAAUUUUCAUGGCGAAUGACGGGAGAUCUGAAGAAGCUCUACAGAAUUUGAAAAGACUGGCGGAAUUAAACGGGGGAUCAUUACCAGAAAAUGUAAGAAUCGAAGACCGCCGUGCAGAAACCCAAUCAAAUUCGGCACUUUCGCAUUUGUUGGGGACACAGUGGGUGCGAAAAAGUGUCGCACUUAACGCUCUCUCUGAGCUUCCAGCGGGCAUCAUUUCGACUCUCCUAGUCGCCCGAGCCCGACGGCGAAGAGCGAUUUUGCUGUUAACCCUAACCAGCGCCAUCUUUUGCUUUGUGUGUGUAUUUCUGUCUGGCGACAAAACAAAUCCUGACAAGCCAAGCUCAAAUCAAACGAAAUUCACAGCUGGGAAAUAUCCACGGCUUGUAGGGAAAUUGGGCGCAUUUGUGAGCGCUGUUACGGCUUUCAAUGUGAUGCUAAUUUUCUGUCUGGAAUUGUCCCCAACCGCGGUUCGAAACUCCGCAAUGUCGAUGCUCAGACAGGCGUCUGGAGUUGGGGCAAUUGCCAGUCCGGUGAUUGUUUUCAUCGGACGCAACUCCCCUGCUCUUUCCUUCGCCUUAUCUGGGGUUGCUAUAAUUUUAAGCGGAUUCUUCGUUUUGGGGCUUCCAGAAACAAAAGAUCAGCCCCUGUAUGACACAUUGGAAGGCCAAGAAUGGGAGGAGAAGGAUUUAAUUAACAGGUCCAAUAAUCCAUUGCUUUCUUAA